AUAAAACGUCUCAAGUACACAUUAGCCUGGUAGCUGCAUGCAACAGUUGACACCAAGAUUGUAGAUAUGAUGAUGCAUUUAAGCUGCAGAGAGGCUAGAUAUUUUCCUCUGAGGAUGAAGAGAGUGACUAUUGGAGUUUAAUUUUCUUUUGUAACACACCAGUUUUAUAGUGAUGAUAUACCAAUGUUUGUUCCCAACUUCUAAUGUCCCUCAAUUGAAAAAAAUAAAAAUACGAAUGCAUGAAUAAAUGUUAUUGGAGGUUUUUUAAAUUGUGUGCAGUUCUUAGGCUUCGCUGCUCAUGUGAAACCCUGCAGGGCUUCGACCAUGAGAAAUGGCUGGUCAGAGCAGAGAGAGCCUCGCACUCUGUUGCUAAGGGUAACUAAAGCUAGUUGGAUAAGAGCACUUGGCUUCAGCAGCCGUGCAAGCAGUUAAUAACUAACUGCUUUUGUAGAGCGCUGAGAGGUGAUCAUUUCAGGGGCCAUAACCUGCCACAAACCAUGAACAGCUUAUGUUGAUGGUGCUCAGCGCUCUUUACAGCACCGUCCUGAUGGAGACAAUAGCCCACAAUAAUGUAGCAGGCAGGUCUAAGUCCAUUUUCUGGUACUUGACCUCUUCAACACAUAUAAUCUGUGAACCGGCACCAUGACAGGCUGUGAGAGAGUUGGGUGUCUUGGCCAUCUCUAAAGUCAUCAUUUUUUCUUUUAUAGUGCCACCCCGAGGUUAUUACAGUCCUGUGGUUCUCCAAAGAACAACCAUCUGUUUGGACUGACCACUGCCUUGAUGCCAGACUCUACCAAGCUCAACCCCAGCCCUCCUCUUCCCCCCGUCAACCCCAGUGCCAUCCCAUCUGUACCCCCAAGCAGUGGAAAUGGCAAGCGCAUCCCCUCCGGAGGUCAGCCGCAGACAGCACAGCAGUCCCAGACUCCGCUCCAGCAGCGCUACCCGCCCAGAGAGGUGCCCCCACGCUUUCGUCAGCAGGAGCACAAGCAGCUGUUAAAGCGGGGCCAGCCUCUUCCCUUGGGGACGCUGCCUCUCAUCACCACGGGACGUCCCACCACUAGUGAACCUGCAGCAGCAACAGUAGCCAUACACGCCUCUCUUUCCUGCUCCUCUUCCACUGCAGCCAGCUUGCCCACAGAACUGCCCCCACAGAGUGGCCAGGGAGCCCAGUAUGAUAAUCCCCUCUGGGGGCACCUGCCAGCCAACAGAAGUGCUACGAGUGCUGCAUCUUCCACCAAUCUCAGUGGCUGGGAUCAACUAAUUAUCGACCAGAAGGACACAGAGGCUUGGCCUUCUAUUACACUCAGCCAGAGCCAGGUCCCUCCAGGAGGAUGCCCUUUGGACACUGACUCUGGUCACCUGACCAGCAGCAGCAGAAGCAGUAGUACUAGCAGUAGUUGUAGUACAGUGAGUAUGGCCACGGGAGCAAAUAGCCAAACAGGCCACUUCCCUGCCAACCACCUCAGCAGCAAAGCCAACAGUGGGCCCAGCCCUGCCAAUCAUACUGGAACCAGCAUGCUCUCUGGCCAGGUUGCAGCCAGUCGCAGCUGGGGCCCUGGGGCUGUAUCUUCCCAUUGCCCCCCUCAGUCCUCAAUGGGGAGUGAAACGAAGAGUGACAGCCCAGGAGGAGGAGGAGGAGGCAGUACUAGGAGCUGGGGUCCUUCAUCAUCCUCCAGCACCAACUUUAACUUGAACCUAAACCCUAAUGCCAACCCGUCUGCCUGGCCCAUGUUGGGGCAUGACGGAAGUGGCACAGGGGGAGGCAGCUCAGGGGGAGCCAACACCAUUUCACCUCCUCACUCUACACCCAACCUCUGCAAUCCACCUGGCCCCCCACCAGCCCAGACCAGCACCUGUACCGGAGCCAACACUAACAGCAACUCCUCGGGGAUUGGCAAUGCCUGGAUUACCAUGAUGGCUUCUGAUGCAGAGCCACACCCCUCCCCGUCCACGAAUGUGUCUUUCAGUUCAGAACCUCAGAACCUUAAAACUGAUGGACCAAAUCACACUAAUAAGCAGGAACCCCCCAGCCCCAUCCGCAGUUUGCCUGGCUGGGGAAGUGCACCUGUAGGCUUGGGUUCCAUGACCCAGCCACCGCCAGGAGGCUCACAGGUCAAUGGUGAAGAUGGUAAUUCAGUAUGGGGUAACAGUGGCAACUCAAAGGCAAGUUCAUCUAAGGAGGCACCUGGCUGGGGCCAUGAAGGAGAUGGAACAGGGAACUCUGGAGGCUGGGGUGAACACCCUGAAGAGACCCAGGGAGGAUGGGAUACACCCAGCUCUCCCGCACAGGACUCUCAGUCCAUCUCAUGGAGCAGGGCUGUAAGCACAGCUGCGGCUAGUGAAGGAAGCAGUGACAGCAUGGAAGGCCAUCCCCAGCAAAAAGACCGGUCAUCCAGAGAAAAAUCAGCUCCUUUGAUGCCUGCCCAGGAUCUGGACCCCAGGGUGCUGUGCAACAGUGGCUGGGGACAGACUCCCGUUCGCCAGCACACUUCCUGGGACAUGGACGAUACCAAACGUAAGAGCGAUGUAGGCACUGGAUCAUGGGGCUCUGGCUCAACCACUCCAGUCGAUGCCCAGGGGCCCUCCAACACUAACACAGGCCCUAGCCAGAUGACUGACUCUGGGAGCAAAAAUGAUGCGCCUGGUUCUCAGGGCACUUCUGGUUGGGGUGGUAACAUAGCAGCUACCAACCAGCCAAGCUCUGGUUGGGGAGAGCCACCCAGCAACAUCAAGCCCCCAGGUGGCCCUGGUGGUUGGGGAAACCCUCCACCAGGAGGUCCAAGCACCAGUAUACCCAAAAAUGGUGGUCAGUCCUGGGGAGAGAAGCCAAGUGGGUGGGAAGAUUCUCACAUCAAGUCAGGAUCCCAGAACUGGGGAGAACAGCCCAAAGCAUCUCACACUUGGGCUAGCAGUGGAGUGAGCAAUAACACAGCAGAGUGGGGGGACUCAGAAGAGAGUAAAAAGAGUCCCACUACUGCUUGGGAAGGAGAACCACGAGGCUGGGGAAUGUCUUCUCAAGGACCUGGAGGUAAUGGUGGCUGGGGAGAGUCACUUCCUCAGCGACCCAGUGGUCCCUCUCAAGGCUGGGGGGGCAAGCCUCAAGAUGGGCCUAGUGGUAACAAUGGAGGAGGGAGCAUGGGGUCCUGGGGGGGAUCGGGCUCAGUGAAACAAGGUCCAGGUAGAGGUGGAAAUAAGCAGGAAUCCUCAACAACUGAGCCUACAGGCUGGGAAGAGCCUUCCCCUCCUUCCAUCCGACGCAAGAUGGAGAUCGAUGACGGGACCUCUGCUUGGGGCGAUCCCGGUACCUACAACAAGGCAGUCAAUCUGUGGGACAGGAACAAUUCAGGAUCGUCCCAAGCUAAAGUUACUACUGGAGGCAAUAAUCCCCCCAGCACCAACAACAACCAUCCCCACCCUCUCAAUCACCCUUACCACGGGCCACCUGCACCUUUACAGAGCCACAGCCAAAACAGCCAGAACUCAGGCCCCACCAGCGGGCCUUUGGAUCCUACUGUGCAACACCAGCCUGGAGCAUCUCACAGCAGAGGUCCCCUGAUGGCUCAAGGUUGGGGAGAGAUAUCCAGCUCCCACACAAAAUCGGAGAGCUCCUGGGGGGAACCUGCAUCUUCCCCGGUCAGCGUGGAUAAUGGGACGUCUGCCUGGGGCAAACCCAGUGGGAACUGUGGCGGCUGGGGGGAAAGCAAUCCGGAGAGCUAUGGCAGGGGCAACCCGACAAUGACACCUGCAUCUUGUAAACCUGCUCCCAAACCUAUGCAAGAUGGAUGGGGAGGUGGAAGUGAAGACCUGAGCCUGUCAGGUGGUCAGUGGGAUGCAGAGGAGGUAGACAUGUGGAAUAGCACUGCCUCCCAGGAGAGCAACUCUUCCUGUAACUCUUGGAGCAAUGCAAAUAAAAAGCCCCCACCAAAGGGGAAGAUCCCAGGGAAGCAGGAUGAGGUCUGGAUCAUGAAUCGUCUCAUCAAGCAGCUGACUGACAUGGGCUUCCCUAGGGAUCCAGCAGAGGAGGCUUUGAAGAGCAACAACAUGAACCUGGAUCAGGCCAUGAGUGCCCUGCUGGAAAAGAAGACGGAGCUUGACAAGCGUGGGAUGGGGAUAGCUGGCCACGACUACAACAACGGGCUCAUCAACAAGCCCAUGAGCUGCCCUCGGCCUCCGCUUCUUUCCAAAGACCCCUCAGCAGAUCCCCGCCUGCCCUUCAUGGAUAAGGUGCAGAGUGGAAUGUUUGGCGGUGGUGGAGCAGCACAAGUCCGGGCCAUGCCGCAGCCGCCUCCUCAGCCACCAGUGCCGCCUCUCAGCUCCUCUCAGCCUAGUCUACGUGCUCAAGUGCCUCAGUUUCUCUCCCCUCAGGUUCAAGCACAGCUCUUACAGUUUGCAGCAAAAAACAUUGGUCUGAAUCCUGCACUUUUAACCUCACCAAUAAACCCUCAACAUAUGACCCUUCUAAAUCAACUUUACCAGCUGCAACUGGCGUACCAGCGUUUACAAAUUCAGCAGCAGAUGUUGCAGGCGCAGCGCAAUGUUUCUGGCCCCAUUCGACAACAAGAGCAGCAAGUUGCACGUACAAUCAAUAACAUGCAGCAGCAGAUCCAACAGCACCAGCGUCAGCUGGCCCAGGCCCUGCUGAUGAAGCAGCAGCAACAGCAACCGCCCCCUUCCCACUCAGGCCUGCACCCUGGUGGAGCCAAAUCCUCCCUGGAUUCAUUUCCAGGUCAUCCCCAGGCUCCAGGCCUCCCUGACCUGCAGACCAAAGAGCCGCAGUCAUCUCCUAACACCUACAGCCCCUACUCUCUCUCUGGACUGAAUGUAAACUGCAUGGAGGUGGGAAGUCUGUCAAUGAAGGAACCCCCCCAACCCCAAUCGCGCCUGUCACAGUGGACACACCCAAACUCAAUCGAAAGCCUCUCUGGAAACUCUUCUCCAUUGGAGCCCAACCUGGGCAAGCAUGGUGCCAACCUGGGCCCUCCUGGAAAGCCCACUCAGCUGGAUGAAUCUUACAGCCCCUACAGCCUGAUAUCCAGCUCAGAGUCUCCUUCCAGCCCUUUGGUGCCUCCAGACAGCUGGGGACAAAGCAAAGGCAGCAGUGACAAAAUGGCCAAUGGGACCAAUAUCAACUGGCCACCAGAGUUUUGUCCUGGUGUACCGUGGAAGGGCCUCCAGAAUAUCGACCCUGAAACUGACCCCAACGUGACCCCCGGCAGCGUCCCCAGCGGACCCACCAUCAACACAAAUAUCCAAGAUGUCAACCGCUACCUGCUCCGGGACAGGAGCGGAGGUGAGAACAGGAGAAGCUCCUCUCCCACCUCAUCUCAGAACGAGGCUCUGCCUCCCUCCACUGAUUGGCCAGUCAGUGGCUACACUAGCUCGUUCAGUCUUUCGUCCCCGGAGAUGGAGGAUGCAGGUAAACUGUCAGAGAUGAAAUCCACUUGGUCUCCAGGCCCCAUUUCUCACAGCCAGGCCUCUCUGUCCCACGAGCUGUGGAAGGUCCCACAGGGCCCUCGGAGCAGCACCACAGCCCCUUCCCGCCCCCCGCCUGGCCUCACCAACACAAAGCCUUCCUCCACCUGGGGGGGCAGCUCUCUGGGUCUGGGACAAGGCUGGAGCAGCUCUUACACCACAGCAGGUACCACAUGGAGUACAGACAGCUCCACCAGAACAAGUAGCUGGCUCGUGCUGAGGAACCUCACUCCGCAGAUUGAUGGUUCGACUCUGCGAACACUGUGCAUGCAACACGGCCCCCUCAUCACAUUCCACCUCAACCUGACACAGGGAAACGCUGUAGUGCGCUACAGCUCCAAGGACGAAGCUGCCAAGGCGCAAAAGUCCCUGCACAUGUGCGUGCUCGGGAACACCACCAUCCUGGCCGAGUUCGCCGGGGAAGAGGAAGUGAACCGCUUCUUUGCACAGGGCCAGUCACUCGGAGGAACAACCAGCUGGCAGGCCACUCCAGGCACCAAUCAGACAAGGAUGGGCGGGACCGGGUCUGGAGCGUCUCACCCCAUCGGGCACUCGCCCCACUGGAACAACAACAACAACGGCGCCGGCAGCAACAGUAGCAGCGGCGGCCUGGGAGCAGGCGGAACAAAAACAGGCGGAGAGCUGCUGUGGGGUGGUGUUCAGCAGUAUUCCAGCCUGUGGGGACCCCCGAGUGGAGAGGAGGGACGGGUCAUGGGGAGCCCCACCCCAAUCAAUACACUGCUGCCUGGGGACCUGCUGAGCGGGGAGUCCAUGUAGGAUAGAAGACUCUAGGCUUACAAAAACAAACACAAACAGGAGCAAAAACCUUGCAAAUCAAUGUGGAGAUAAUCAGCGUGGAUGUAAAGGUGGAAAGGAGAGACGGAGGAGGACAAGGAAACACCUUGCUGCUCGCCCUCGUCAGCCUCGUCUCCUCCUGAGUUUUUACUGACAUUUUUAGUUGCAGUUCUGUUGUGAAUCCCAAUAACGGAUAUUUUGAUCAGUGUUCAGCUUUUACUUCACAGGAACGAGAACUUUAUUUUAUUUUUUCAGAAAUGAACUUUUGAGAACUUUGCCGUGCGAGACGUACUUUUAGUCAAACUGACACAGUGACGAGCUGCCAUCUUUAAACUAAUCCCUCACUGCCUUUUUGAGGCAAUCAUACUGCACCUCAGAGAUCCAU